AGACUGCGGAGGUACAAAUGCGGAGGAGCGGGAUCGGGGUGAAGCGCUGGCCCAUGAUAAAUUUGGGGGCAGCACCUGCCCUCGAUCGUCCCACCUUCGCAACCCGCGUCGUGCGCUCUUGCUCGGCGGGAAAUAAAUAAGAGCAACGGCCCGGAGCUUGAGCGCUUGUGUUGGAACGCGCGGGCGCUAGGACCCAGACGGAACCUGCCUAACAGUGUUGGGGAAAGGCGACGCUAGGACCCCGCGUGCGCCGAUCGGGCCUGCCGCGGCUCCCGAAGCUCGGCUGCGGAUGCGCCGCUGCACAUUGGCCGAGCCAACCGGGCGGUGGGGAGAGUGGGUGGGCUGGACUGACGAGACCCGAGCAGGCAAGUAGACGUUGGUGGGAGAAGGGGGCAGGCGGGUGGGACAGAGGGGAAGCGGGCGGCGGCGGCGGCAGCCCCUUUGCUGCGUUCUCGCCGGCUGGCAGCACAGAGAGGCGGCAGGGGGCGGGGGUAACACAGCCCCAUGGCUUGAUCUCCACCUCCUCCUCUUCCUUCUAUGCCCGAGCCCACUGCCAAGCAGCCAGGCCUGUUGCCCAAAGUGUGUGGGGUAACAGGCGUAGGCAGCGAGGGUGGGUGCUCAGCACCGUCGUCUCCUCGCUGUGCUCCCCGGGGUGCCCUUGAAUCAGGAAGCUGGCGGCUUCUGCCUGGGAAAGUUCACCGCUUGGAAAGUGGGAACACACAGCAGCUGGACCCGGGGAGGGCAGGAAUCCAAAGCGCCACUCGAGGGCGCGGAGUGUAGUCAUAACAACACGGUGAUGAUGUGCUAUUUUGAUAUCGUGCAUCAGAAAGAACGAAUUAAAACCCACGGAGAGGUGUGGAGGAAGGCACCAGAAAUAUCCGCCGGGGAAUUUUCAUGGAGGAAAAGGCUAUAUCAGUGGCCCUUAAAAAAAGAAGACAAGCUUCUAGCAUUUGGGAAAGUAGCUCAGGGUUUAUUUGUGUAGUAAAAGCUGUGGGGCAGAGAGAAGAUAGCUGAGCAAAAACUUCAGUGCAUUGCAUCCAUUCUAGUAGCACCAGCACUGUAAAUUAUGCCAGCCAGCAAAUCGUUGCAAAUAUGUUUAAUUUGUUUAUUUUAUCGAAGUCUCAGCUACCAAAUCAUACGGGUUGGGUUCGGAGGAGGUUAAACAUUAAUGGAACUCAAACCCAGGAGAAAGCAGUAAGGUGCAAAAGGUUAUGGAGAGUGGCAACAAGGAGUCACACAGUGCACGUGUUCUCAGAAGUAAGCCCCACUGGGCUCAAUGGGAUUAAUUCCCCGGUUAAUGUGCAUACUUGCUACCAUAGUUGACCUGUGAAACUCAAUGAUCUUGGAUCAAGCUAUUGUACGCACACAGCAGGCUUAGAGGUUCUGUUCUGUUUUCAAAGGAUCAAUUUCAUUAGAAGAGUCUAUCAACAUCUAUGAAACUGCCAUCCUAGAAUAGACUUGUGAGGGGCCAAAUGUCUCUGUGGCAACCCACAGCACUAGUGCCACACGUGACCCUGCCCCCCAGUUUCAUGUGUGUGACAAGGGGGAGGGGGCGUUGGGAUUGCAGGAGAGGGAAAUGGGAUGAGCCCACCUACCUAUGACCCCACCUACUGCCUCAAAUAGAUCCCUCUUCCCCCAAAGCAGCCCUUGACAUAUGCCCUUGAUAUAUGUAAACCCUUCCCAUAAAAGAAGGCUAUCUACUUGCCAGCCAAUGGCAGAUUAUCCCAAAUAUUCCAGAGCACUGUGCCAUAAGCACAGAAUAUCUGCACCACAGAAAGUGUCUGCACAAAAAUUGCUGCAGAAGACUUAGGAAAGCAAGCCAUAUUAGAAGGAAAAGAGGAGUGGGGGGCAACCUUCCCCAUGGCUACCGGAAAAUCUAAAAUUGUGAAAAAAAUCCUACCUGACCUAAACAUGAGUAAACAAAUAGGCCCUAAAUAUGAGCAAAAUCUAUCCACUAUUCUGAAAAGAAAAAUGUUACCAAGAUUCAGCUCCUCCCCACGCAGCUGUCACUCUGAUUUUAAGUGUGACAGUUCUUGAUGCCUUGUGCUAAGCAAUUCCUUAAACUAGGAGGUGGGGUGAACAACAAGGUGAGACCUCUGCCCCAGAUACUGUGUGGUUUCUUUUGCAUUUCCCUACAAAGUGUCUCACCCUGCCUCUUUUGGUGGGAUGGCAUAUUGAGCAAGAAGGAUUAAAAAAAUUGUCCAAGAUUGGUGACUGCUCUCAUGCCUGCAUAGUAUGUGUGUGUGUGUGUGUGUGUGUGUGUGUGUGUGUCUGUCGCACCAUGUGGUAUGUUUACUUCUGCACUUGAAUUUAAGCCUGUGAGAACAUCAUAUGCCUGUGGGUUUGCAUAUAUUAUAUAUAACAUAUUUGCAGACAGCAUUGAAAUAUAAAGCCAGUGUGGCAAAGCAGUGUGUUGGACUAGGACCUGUGAGACUUGUGAGACCAUGGUUUGAAUCCCCACUUAGCCAUGAAGCCCACUGGGGGACCUUAGACCAGUCACUCAUUCUUAGCCUAACCUAUCUCACAGGCUUGUUGUGGAGGAGGAGGAAAAUUAUGUAUGCCACCUUGAGCUCCUUGAAGGAAAGGUGGGAUAUAAAAAAAUAAAAAAAUAGUAGCCCAAGCAUAUGUUCUAAUUUCCUUGUUUCUUUCAUCUGUGUUUCUGCAGCUCCCCAGCCGACAGGAUGGUGGUGCUACAGAGCUACUGUGAGGGGAACGAUUCCCUGGCACGUGCAUGGGCUCAGCAGGGGCUGUACCCCUGUUUCUACUUCACGCUGGUGCCCUCCGUGCAGCUCAGCGUCUGCAUCCUCUUGGGGGCCCUGCAGUACGCUUGCUAUGCCCGGUUCAGCCGCACCAUGGAGCCAAAGUAUAUCCCACGUUCCCGCCUGUACCACAUCCAAGUCCUCCUCUCUCUGCUCCUUGCACUGCUGCCCUUUGUCACCUUUCUGUGGCAGGUGUUGGGCAUGCAACAGCUUUAUGGGUACAUGGUGCUGUACGCCUGCCUCUCUGCCGCGAGCUGGACCAGCUCGGUUGGGCUGCUCCACCUGGAACGCACCAGAGUUCUGGCGCAGGACCGGAUCAGAGGCCAUGGUGCCAUCCUCCUCCUUUUUUGGGCUCUGGCUUUUGCAGCCGAGAACCUGGCCUUCAUCUCCUGGAACAGCCCACUCUGGUGGUGGGGCUUGGAAAACGCCAACCAGAAGGUAGGUCAACGAGGGUUUGGCGACAGGUAGGAGCAUAUAUAUAUACAGUGGUACCUCGAGUUACAAACGCCUCAGGUUACAAACUCCGCUAACCUGGAAGAAUUACCUUGAGGUGAGAACUUUGCCCUAGGAUGAGAACGGAAAUUGUGUGCUGGCAGUGCAGCGGCAGCAAGAGGCCCCAUUAGCGAAAGCACAGUUUCAGGUUAAGAACAGUUUCUGGUUAAGAAUAACAAAUUAAGUUCGUAACUAGAGGUACCACUGUAUCCUGGAAUUUUUUGGCAGGGUGGUGGAAUAUUUGGAGAUGGGAGAGGAUUAGAACCAAAUAAACCUGCUGAUUUCAACACUUGCUAGUUGUUGCUCUUAAGUGCCAGCCACUGCUUGGCGCCUUCUUCCCAGCCCAUUUUUGCUGAGUCACUGUUGUUUGAGCUACAGAAAGCUUUAGACAUGAGUGGUGUGUGCUCCUCCCCCUUUUCACACAACCACACAUGCACACACACACAGAGAGGGGAUUGCUGAAUAAUUUGCAGGGGACUUUGCCCAAUGACUCAGCACAAAGUCCUACCGAAAAGGCUUUCCACCCACAAGCUGAGAUUUCACAUUUCUUUACAUUGUUAACUAACAUCCUUGCCCUCUGGCAAUACCCUUUAGUAAGAGACUGGAAAGGAGAGAACUUAUUCCAUGCCACAGAUUCCAUGUAACGAUUAGGGCCUGACCACUAUUCCCCCACCCAAACUGUACAGCUGAAUUGCCCACUGUCUACACACCUGCUUAUGGGACUCCUCAUAUGCCAGGGUUUUCAAAAUGUGGCUGAGGUUCAUGCGAGUUGUAGUCCAAGCACAUCUGGAGGGCAUCUGGCUGGGGAAGGCUGGCAACAACUGUCCCCCAGCCCUACCUGGAGAUUCCCAGAUGGGUGGGAUAUAAAUAAGCUAGUUAAGCCUAGCUUAACUGUGGUUUGUUUGAACAUGUGAAUCCAGCGUAGCAGACUAGCCAAGAUUUGUUCUUUUUGGGUGGUUUGCUUGUUUGUUUUUGGCCAACAAACAAUGUGAAGCCAUUUUGCAAGUGGCAGCCUACCUUUUUUGCGUCAAGAUGUCAUCUCGUUGCAGUGAUGGGUGUGAAGGCCCCUCACUCUUCAUCCACAGAGGAACCAAGAACUCACAUUUAGGAGCAUCUACCUCCUCCUGCCUUGCCAUUCCAGACAGCUUCAGCCUUCUCCCUUUCUACCUCAGUCACAUGACCUAACUUCCCCUGCUGGCCAUCUGAUGUAACUGCAGGCAUCUUCAAACAGGAACAGGCUUCAGGAAGCAACAGGAAGCAAAUGCCCCCAAGCCAUCUUCACAAUUCUCUAGGGGUCAGGACCAUCUAUCACCAAAUGUUCCUUAAAGCUUCUGGGAGGGAUUGUAUCCUGGGGUUUUCUGCAAGGAAUUAGAUUAUGUGAUAUGGGAUAAUUAUCUGUGUUCUAGUUCCAGCGUUUUUACGUACUUGGCAAGUCUUUGGUCAAUUGGCUCAAAUCAUGCUUUUGGCUAAUGAAAUGCCUAAAAAGAUUUUAAAUAAUAAAUCAAGUUUAAAAAUACCACCCUUGAUGGGUGUUUCCCUCUCUCCACUCCAAGCCAUUUGACUCUUGGUUUAGAUCUUAGAAAGGAAGCACUGCUUGGUUUGUAGCUUUCAGUGGGGAGCAAAGCGGGGCAGGUGGGUCGCUGCGAGACACACAUCUGACAUGAGAUCAACCUCCUCCAGGUACAAUUCAGCCUGUGGUUACUGCGCUACUUCUGCACCUUCGCCCUCUUUGCCCUGGGGAUAAAGGCCCCAGGGUUGCCCCGAAAACCCUACAUGCUGCUGAUCAAUGAAGAUGAACGCGACGUGGAGCACAGUCAGGUAGGUCUCUGUUCUCCUAAACAGCCCAAUUCUUCUUCUACGUCUGCCUGUCUCUGUCUAUCCUGUUAAUUCCACCCCUGUGAACCAGUUGCAGGCUGUGCAGGGAGGGAACUAGAAUAACAUUAUUGGUGCCAGAAGCACUACUCUGUUAAGAAGAGCCUGUAGCUGCGGUUUCUCUCUUUAAAAUAGCUGCCAUUUUGAAACAGUAUUACCUUUCCACACCAGGGGCCACAUUCACACCAUAUAUUUAAAGCACUGUGACGCUAAGCAGUCAUGACUCCCCCCAAAGAAUUCUGGGAGCUGUAGUUUGUUAAGGGUUCUGAGAGUUGUUGGGAGACCUCUGUUCUCUUCCCAGAACUACAGUUCCCAGAGUGGUUUUACAGUCAAUCCCUGCAUACAGAUCAGGAGCUUUUAACCAAUGAUAUGACAGUGAAAAAAAUCAACAGGUGGAUGCUGCUUUUAUGGGCCUGGAGCUGCAGUGGGGUUGGGGUGGGGAGCAGCACCUGUUGAAUUUAUCUGAAUUUUAAAGAUGUUAAAAUCACAGGAGCCUCAGUGGCUAACCUCUGGAUGGAAAGAACUGGCAAUGCUAGAAUGCACCUUCAGAGUAGAUUGCAGGCUGUAGGGAAAAGUUCACCAAAGGUGUGGUUUGAGGAGGUUUGGAAACAAGUGCGCCUAGCUGGUUCAGUGGCACGAAACUUCCCUGUGAGGUGGAGCACUCAGAGUGCCCUGAGGCAAAACUGUUGACUAACCUUACCAGUGGCCCUUUUUCAAUGGGCUGUUGGGCUAGUGAUAGAUUGAGUACUUGUGUACAUUUAGGGCUGUUGUAAAGGUUACUGAGAGGCAAGUUAGAUAUGGAUGUGUCAAUCAAGUAGGGUGGGAUCUGAUUUUUUUAAAUCAAAAUGAAUGCCAAUCAUCUGAUGUCCAAGUUGGCCUCUGGGGUACAGACAGAUAGUGAUCUGGCCCGCUGGGUGGUCCUAAAAGAUUCCCCACCGCAUUAUAGACAAAGAUAAUACCACAGGGUGAGUGAGUUAUGGAGCUGAAUUUUCAUUGCUCCCUUUUACACUGGUGGCUAAUGAAGGAAAUUUUGCAACUGUGCAAAAGAGCUUUGAGUUCUAUCUAACAUAUAUUUUAAAUGUUCAUCGUUGGAGAAUCACUUUUGUUGGUUUAAAAAAAAAGAAAAAGAAAAAAGCUGAAGGUGAAUGUGAAUAGGCUCCAGCAGGUGGCACUGUGGAUAUUUCUUGUAUAUGUUCUCUGCACUAAUCAAUAAAAAAAUAGAAGUUGCUGCCCAUGCCAUCAGUGCCGUUUCUGCAACCAGAAAAUCUGAUCUCUGUGACCUGUAUCAAUUAUGCAAUUUAAACAGAUGUUCACAAUGUCUUGUAUUAAUUCUGCAAUAUUAAAAAUUAGCUUCUGCAAUGUAUUUGGGUUUGGGGAGAAAAUGUGAUUAAUUAAGGAAGGGGAACUGUUGGCCCUCUGGGUGUUCAUAGACUCCAGCACCCCUCAGCCCCAGCCAACACGGCCAAUGGUCAAGGAUGAUGGGAGUUGUAGUCCAGCAACGUAUGGAGGACCACAGGUUCCCCACUCCUGCCAUAAUAAAUUGAUGGAGGAGGGCAAAACCAACAGCUGUUUGCCAUGACACCAAAUCUUGUGAAUCUCCUGGAACAUCUAGUUGACCACAGAAUGUUAUACUAGAAGGACCUUAAUGGACCUUAACUGCUUGAGAAUACUGGGCCUGAUUGGAGGUCACUGUAGUCCUAGCGCUGGGGUGGUUCUGCUUCAUACAGUAAAAUCUGGACACCAUGGACCCUCUGAAUAUAUAUUUCAUUUCAUUUCUUAAAUUUAUAUCCUGCUCUUUCUUGUAAAGGAGUCCUAUUCAAACAUUUAAAAAAAGAUUUUGCAACACUGCGCCUUUCUAGUCCUAUUUUUUCCUGAACACUUCCUGCACCGAACCCUCAAUUUCUGUGACUCUCAAGGUUUUGCUUCCCUUUCCAGUUGUGUUUACUUGAAAUGCUCUCUGUGCCCUUUGCUGAGAAGUGACCAUAGCCCCCCCCAUCUUGCUCAGUUGCCCCCUCCCAGGUGUUGGCUCUCAUCUUUGCCCAGAUGCCAUUUGACUAGGUUGUUGUGGUCCCCUUCCCCAAAUAUUCCCUGCCAAAAAGCAGAGUCCCCUUCCCCUACUCACUGUCCUUUCUGUGUCUCAGCCCCUGCUUCCAGAUGCCAGACAGAAUCGCUCCACCUGGAGGGAUCUGGGCCGGAAGAUAAGCCUCCUCAUACAGUACAUGUGGCCCAAGGGGAGCUACCCACUGCAGGGGCUGGUGAUCGUCUGCCUGAUGCUGAUGGGGCUGGAGCGUGGCAUCAACGUCUUCGUGCCCCUCUACUACAAGUACAUUGGUAAGCGGAAAGGGCUGCUUCCAGGGAGGCAUAGUGCUGCCGCCCCUAGCAGAGGUGGAUGUGCAAUGGGAGAGGGCCUGGCAUUAAUGCCAGGGGUUUCUCUUAGAAUGGGGUUUGGGGAGAGGACAGAACCUCUGUUUGGACAAGUAUUCUGAAUUGACCAAGAGAGGGCGCCCUGAUAUAGGCAUUGGCAAAUGUGCAGAGGACUUACAGGGAAGAGAAGGGGCCAAGGGCAACCUUUGGGGCUGCUUAAAGGUAAAAGUAAAGGGACUCCUGACCAUUAGGUCCAGUCGCGGAUGCCUCUGGGGUUGUGAUGCUCAUCUUGCUUUACUGGCCGGGGGGCCGGCAUACAGCUUCCGGGUCACGUAGCCAGCAUGACUAAGCCGCUUCUGGUGAACCAGGGCAGUGCACGGAAACAUCGUUUACCUUCCCGCCAAAAGCCAGGAGGCCUUUGGCUGGAUACAGAUAUUGCAGCCAAAUGGAAGCUCUCCAGGAAGCGGGUCCUUAUCAAACACUUGUUUCUAAGCACUAGUUUUGGAGGCACUCGCUCAAUGUGUAAUGUCUGAAGAGGCCCUUAAGCAGCCUGGCUCCUUAAGGCCUGCAGAGCCCUUGACACGUUUAAGCGACAGGCUUGGCACGUCCAGCACAGCAUGAGGGCUCAGGGCUGCCAAAGCACGCACCAUCAGGUGCGAGAGAGAGCCCCAGGGCCUGAGGUGGUGUGGAGCUGCUUAUAUAGAUAACAAUAAUUUUAUUAUUUAUACCCUGCAUAUUGUGCUGGGUUGCCCCAGCCACUCUCCUUGUUGUGGCAUGGGGAAAAGCAGUUUUUAAAUAGAUUCCUUGCCUGGUACUGGAGGCCGACUACCCACAUGAGAACAAACUCUGGUUAUUAUUAUUAUUGUUUUAAAUACUGGGACAGUGUGCUCAGAGCAUGAUCUCUUGAGGUGCAGCCAGUCAUAAGAAGUAAGCAGGGCUGUUGAGUCCGUCACACUGACUGACCACAUUGCUCCCAGUUCCUCUUGCCCCUUAGAACUAGGGUGGACAGCCAGUGUGGCCCCCCAGACCUCUCUACUUGGCCCUCAGAACUUUCCCCUAGCCGAGCCCCUCACCGGCCCUGCAUCACGUCCCAAAGCGUUGUUGCCUGUCUGGAAUGUGUCCUUGAACUCUGGGAAUGCCUCUUGCUUACCUGGAUGGAGGACAGAGGAGGGUGUGUGAAGAGAGUGGGCUGCUGUACAAAGCUAAAAUUUACAUUUGUUGCCCAGCCCACUUUUGCCUCUGGCCCCGCCCAGCACUGGCAUGUGGUCCUUGGAAGGUUGUCCAGGAAGGAAUGCAGCCCUCAGGCCCUAGAGGCCCCUCAAGCCUUGUGAAGAAGAAAGAGGCAGUGCACUGAGGUUGAGGGUGAGGGGAGUUCUUUGCUGUACCACUUGGGACUGCAGGGGUGGAGGCUAUUAUUAUUGUUGUUGUUGUUGUUGUUGUUGUUGUUGUUGUUGUUGUUGUUGUUAAUUUUAUAGCCUGCCCAUCUGGCUGGGUUUCCCCAGCCACUAUGGGUGGCUUACAGCAUAUCUAAAACAUAGCAAAACAUCAAAUAUGAAAAACUUCUCAAUACAGGGUUACCUUCAGAUGUCUUCUAAAAGUUAUGCAGUUCCUUAUCUCCUUGACAUCUGAAGGGAGGGCGUUCCACAGGGAGGGCGCCACUACCAAGAAGGCCUUCUGCCUGGUCUUAUUUUUGAAUGGUUUCUCAUAUAAAAAUAGCUGAUGAUAGAAGAAAGCGAAGGGAGUUGCAUUGCCUCUCCCCAAUAUGCCAGUUAAAAAAAUCUGGCACCCCCUCCUGCUUGCAGUCUCUAGAAUGCUACCAUCUCAUUUUUGCAAACUAGAUAGAGCAGGAAUUGCUUCUGCCCCUGUGUUUACAUUCCUCCAUUCAACCCCAUUCUUCUUCAAAGCCUUCUUGUUUCCCUUCCUCUGCCAAGCUUGACUCUCCCUACGCACCUCCAGGAUCUCAUCCCUGCUCUCCUGUGGCUUCCCUCCCUCCUUCCCAGCCCAACCUUCUCCAUCAAACUUACAUUUUGAACUUUGUGGGGCAGGAUGCAACUUUCCUGUUUGGGAACGUGUUUAAUAAGAGUAGAGGGAGACUUGCAUUUCCAGCUGAACCUGCGAAGUCAUAUGGCAUUAGUUUGGGGGAUUGGGAGAAGACUUUGGUACAGGAAGACUUGGGGAAUUUAGUGACCCUCUUGGAUCUCCCCGAGGCUUCUGCCCUGAGCCCUGCGGUGACCUCCUAUCUUGCUUACUCCCAGACUAACUCCGCAUUGAGCUUCUGGGGUGGGGGGUGGGGAAGAGGUGGGCAGGCCGUGGAGGAGGGGCGCUGCCUUUGUUAGCAGAAGCCGUUGGUGUGUGCCAGGUUCCCAUGCCCCGGUGGGCGGUGCAAGUGCCAGCUCAGGGCAGCUAUUGAGAGGUGUCUGAAUAGGGGAGGAUGGACUCCGGACCUGCCUUUCAGCCCUGACUUUUAGACUUUACAAAGGAGUCAUUGCAGGCGGGAGGCAUGGAAUUGCGAACUGCAUACCAAAUCGCUCGAUGGGAAUGGAUUCGGGAGUGGGGGAAGCUCUCUGCCCUACAUGCUAAGCAGCUGCUGAGCAGAUAUAUUCUUCUCCGUCCCACCUGGGGGAGAUGGGUGCACCCUCCAGAUCUCAGCCAGAUCGCCUAACCUGCCAGCAACCUCGGCACAUCGAGCUGCUGUUUCUGCCAUUCCUGGGCCCAAAUGCUCUUACCUGCAGCACGGACUUAAGAACAGGGGCAGGCCAUGCUGGUCCAGAGCAGUGCUCCAUCUAGCUCUGUGAUGGGCGAACCAGGCCUCUGUCAGGCUGCUACAUAUGGCCACCAACCCCCAGGUAGCUUUGCUGCGCUUUCCUUUUUGCCGUUAUUGCCAAGGCAUGGAAGGAGGUGCAAUGAAGCAGAAGUGGGUGGAGAGAUGACACACCUCCAAGUCUGGGAUUCAGUCUGGAAGAUCUGGGUUGAAAUCCUCCCUUUGCCACAGGCCCGUUGUGCGGCUUUAGCCACCUCCCUGUUGUUCGGCCUCAGUUCGCUGUGUUUCGGAAUGGGAACAGCCUACCUCGUGGUAGUUGCGUAGAAUAAAAUAUUGCAAAACAGUUAUUUUAAAAUGAAAAGCACCCUGUGGGUGAUAUGUAAUGACAGCAGCGAGGUCUCUGUUCCGGGUUGCCCGUCCUCAUUGCCUCCCCCCACCCCGCAAGGAUGCCAACCUCUCUCCACGCGUGAGAGUAUAAUUUCUACCUGUGCUUGGGAACAGGGUGGAUUAACACUCUCCACCAUGUGCUGGGUAAAGCAAGUUGGGAUGGGGGAAGGGGAUCCUCUCCCCCCCCCCCAAUGUAGAGAGAAUGAAAGGCAAAGGAGGGGCACUCCCAGAUGGGGUCACCCACCCUGCCAGUUAGGAUUACCCAGCAAAGUGCCGCUGGCGGGGAGCAAACAAGGAGCCUUUGUGUCCUCUGCCUGGUCUCCCAGCAGCCCAGCAGUGGGGUGGGAGGGGUGGGAUCUUUGUGGCUGUGUGGUGCCUUGAAAGAGAAUAAAGGAAGCCAGGAGACUCCACCGGUGGUGUCUUUCCCAGCAAAGGAUGGGGCAGGAUGAGUACGAGGUAUGCAAAACAAGGAGGGGGACUAUCAGAGGAGAGCUCUGUGGCAGGAGAGCAGGAUCUGACCCAAAGUGGGAAGCUUUCAGGCUAUAAUGCCUGGUGGGGUUUGGGGGCGUGAGGAAACCCCAAAGCUGGUGCUUGGAAAUCAGGAUGAUACAGGAGUGGGAGAUGGCCACUUUCUGCUUAUCAAGCUAUGUGCUGCCUGUCCACCACAGUCCAAAACUGAUGAUGAAAUCCCCUACCCACCCUAGCCCAAUCCAAACAGUUUUGCUCAGGCUUUUGCCUGUAAUAAUAUCUCUGUUGUAAUGCUGCCUGUCUGGCACGUUUCAUCUGUGCAUAGAGGAGCCUCUUCCCCACCUUCCUGUUCUGUGGCAGCCCUGCCUCCUCCUAAGGCAGCAGUGCCCUAUAGGCCUGGGCAGCCUAUGAGAUUCAGGGGAUGAGACUACAACAAGUAGGUGUUAGGCAUUUCCUUGGCACUCGCAGAUACAGCCAUCAUUCUCAGGCAGGAACGCAGGGGGGCUAAUUGUAGGCAUUUUUUUCUUGAUCCGCUGAGGUAGCUCUGUUCUUCUCCAUCCAGGCCAGCUUUGAGAUCUUUGUUGCCUGGGCACAAAGAUCAAGUUUCAUGGUGCUUUUUCCAAAAAAAUAGCAGCAUCUCAGUAUUUGGGACCUAUUGCCUGGGGUCAGUGCCCUAUUUUGUGACUGUGCAUGGCUUGAGACAAAAGCUGGCGUAAAGAGGUGUGCCUUCAGCAUUCACCCAAAGCUGUGUAAUGAAGAUACCAGACUCACCUCUGUGGAGAGGGAGGCGCACAACUUAGGGGCUGCCACAGAUAAUGCCUUCUCCCUGCCCCCCCAAGUUUUGAGGUAGGAUGAGAAGUUCCAUGCAUUUACUGCAUGUAUAACACAGGGCUCCCAUGAUGUCUUUGGGGAUCAGUUUCUGUGGGUAGCAUCUUGCUGGAAGCAAUGUGAGAACGUAGACUCAGAAUUCUUCUUCUGAGUGUUCCUUCCAGCAGAAGUCUGGAGCGUCUCAACAAGAGACAAAGCCUUUUCAGUGGUGACUCCUCUCCUCACAACCCUUCAUUCCCUCCCUUCAUGGAACACUCUCCCCAAACAGACUUGGCCACAUGAAUGCCUUUUCAUUGCCUGGCAAAACUUUUAUCUUUCCCCAGACAUUUCAUUCUGCCAGUUUUGUGGGCUUUCCCUGGCUAGUUAAUUUUAAUAGUGAUUAUGUUUAGACAUUUUGUGCUGUGACUUGUCUCGAGACUAUUUUGUAUGAAGCAAAGUCACCAACAUUGCGGCAGAAUUAAGGCAAGGGUGGGGAAUGUUUUUCAGACCGAGGGCCACUUUCCCUUCUGGGCAACCUUCUAAGGGCCACAUCUCGGUGGUGGGUGGUGCCAGGGGCAAAGGUAUGUGGAGCAGUGCAGAUCGUACCUUUGCACAAUAGUCUAGCUUCUACAAACACACACCCCAUUCUGUCCUCCAUAUGGGCAGCCAAAGCAUUAUCAGAGCCUAAGGGCACAUUUCAGCCAGGCAAAAACACCCAAGGAGGGUGCAAAGCGGAUCCAGUAUGUGUGUGAUAACCGAGAGUGUCUGAGAGCAACGUAGAGAGGCUUGUGGGACUGCAUUUGGACUCUGGGCUACCCCCUUGGUUAUGGCCUUCAAAGUGACUAUUGUUUCCUGUCCUCCAGUGAAUGAUCUGACGACAGGGGCUAGUUGGCGUAUCCUGCUUCAAACUGUCUGCAUCUAUGCGGCCCUCAAGUUCCUCCAGGGAGGUGGUGCUGGUGAGUCAGUUGUUGUGCAUACACACCUGCACAUGUGUGCUUUGGCUGAGGCUGUUUUGGGAUUACCUGCGUCCACCAUCGCCAUCCGUUUGUGCUUUCUCUCCAUUUUUAGUCUUCCUGCAUACUGAGAAAGCAGGUGGUUCCCUUAAUCCGUUGUGAGGAGCGUGUGGCCUUUCGGAUGACUUUGGACCAGAACUCCCACUGUUCCUGGUCACAGGCCAUGCUGACUGGGUCCAACAGCAACCAAAGGGCUACAGGACCCCCACCCCCAAUUUACCCCAAACUUGACACCCUCAUGAGCCCUCAGCAUUCAGUAGAUCCCAUAGGCCCCUAAGCAUAGACCCUUUGGCCGUUUUUUGUUUUCUUUUAAUUUGCAAACGAAUAUAUUUCUACAUACCCGGGAGUCCCCUGUCUGCUCCCAGGAAGGUAUAGUUGGCAGUCCUCAGCUCCAGCAAAAGCAGCCCCUAGAACAGUGACAUUCAGAGUGAACUUUGCCUGCGCUCAGGGAUGCUUGAAGGCUCCAAGGUAGUUGCAAGGCAAUAGAAGCCAUUUGCCAGAUCCUUCUGGGUUACAGUUCUUGUUUAAGGUGACAGCGGUAGGAGGCAGGUGUUCAACUGGAAGCAGAAGACAACCACAGGAGCCAACCCCCGCUCUUCUCUCUCUAGGCUCCACUGGCUUCAUUAGCAACAUGCGCACUUUCCUGUGGAUCCGCGUGCAGCAGUUCACCAGCCGCGAAAUCCAGGUCCAGCUCCUCAGGCACCUCCACAGCCUCUCCCUUCGGUGGCACCUCGGUCGCAAGACGGGCGAGGUGCUGCGCAGUGUCGACAGAGGCACUAGCAGCAUCAACAACUUGCUCAGGUGUGCUUGUGGGCCUGGCCAGUGGAGGGCUCUCCAUCAGUCCUGGCUCAGGGGUGCCUGCACUCACCUGUUUUCUCCUGGUGAUGUUGGUGGCCCUUGCAUGCCGUGUGACCUUGCCUAUCAUGUGACCUGACUUGCCCCCCCCCUUCUAUCCCACAGCUACAUUGUCUUCAGCAUCUUCCCCACGAUAGCCGACAUCAUAAUUGCGAUUGUGUAUUUCACCACAACCUUCAGUGCCUGGUUCGGCCUUAUCAUCUUCCUCUGCAUGAGCUUUUAUCUCGGUGAGUGUUUGCAGCAGGGGACCCCAGGAGGUAAGGCGGCCAGGGAGAAGGUUUCCACCACUGCAGCUACUCUAGAAACCCGUUAGCAUGCCUUUCACUUGACAGGUAUUUGGGACUGUAGGGAGAAGAGCGGGCCAGGAAGAUAAAGGUGGUGAGGGUGGCUUGGACUGGUGGCGUCUUGAGGUGGACUAAAGUGUGGUCAUGGUCAGAUGUGCAUUUGUGGAGUGGUGGGCAGCUGUGAGUAAGGUUGUGGGAAAGAGAGAGAUGGGAUCUGAUGGGGAAGACUGUAAGUGUGGGUUGGGUGGUCUUCAUUUGUUACAUUUGUGCCCAGAAACAUAUUCCCAAGACUGAUACAGUAUAGGUGAAUUGCAUUAUCAUUUAUGAGCAAUGUGAUCAGGUAAUAAAAAAGAUCUUUUGACAAUAGCAGCAUGCACAAAAGCAAGAGGAUAGCUUCUGAGGAUUGGCUUCUGCUCUGGUGCUUUAUCAUAAAAAGCAGCAGUUCAUACAGCUGAAGACAAUUCACAAGGGAGAAGAGUCGGUGGAAGAAGAUUGGAAGAAAUUUAAAGACUAUUUACAGAAAUAUUGUAAAAUUAAUGAAUGUUAGAAUGAUGCUGGAUUGAAGUUAAGUGGUUUCUAGCUGUUUAGGUACAAAAGAAUAUGGAAAAAUUGGUUUUUAAUAUGUAAAAAUCUAACGUUACAAUAUAUCAAGACUAAGGAUUAGGAUUAAAAAGGAGGGAAAGGAAUUUAAUUGGAAUACAAAAGAGGGAGGUAUGAGGAGGUCCGGGAAACAAGUAAACGUAAAAGAAGUGAGGAAAAGAUGGAAUUGUUUUUAACUGUUUUUUCUUUUUUUUCUACUUUGUAUUUUUCCUUUUUAUUGUUAAUUUUUUUUAUUAAUGUGAUUUUUUUCCCUUUGAAACUUUAAUAAAUAGUAUUUUGGAAAAAAAAAAAACAAGUUUUAUCUCAAAUACAAAUUAGUGUUCUGAUAGUAUUGCUCCUGCAAGGUUAAGCAUAUACUUUUGGUUGUUAAAAGUUGUGUUACAAUCAAGCAUAUUUUUGUCCUGCAUGAUGGAUUCACCUUAGUGCUCUCCAGUUUACUAGUCAUCAUUAAAAAAAAAUCUACGAAAUAUCUGGUGUAAGGCUUAGAUUUUAUGUUUUAACCUUGCUUUUGAAUCAUUUUCGAGGUUAUUUUCAAGGGGCUAUUGAAUUAUUGCUGCAGAAUAGCCUAGGUGCUGCUAAAAAUCAUGCGAACUCAUCAUUGGCAAGCUCAUUGUGGCAUGAUUAAUUUGGGGUAUCUCUGAGGUAACUAAAUUGACAGAUAAAGUUCCUUUGAAGCAAUGGCUUAGGUGUUUCUGUGGAUGUGACUGAAAAAUGGUUUCCGUUCAUUUUGUGUGGGAGUACUCGAUGUGUAAUCCUGUAAAUUUAUAUUGACAUUUGUGGUGAUAAUAAAUGCUUGAAAUGGAUCAUAAUUUUGCUUGUAUUUGAGGAACAGUUUUUGUCUGAGUACGUCUCAGUGAUUCCAGGCCUCUCUUUUUCUCCAUAGCUUUGACUAUUAUAAUGACUGAGUGGCGAACAAAGUACCGCCGUGAAAUGAAUACCCGUGACAAUGAAGCCCGUUCCCGAGCUGUUGACUCGCUUCUGAACUUUGAGACGGUACUUAAACCCCCACCCUAGUGAGCCUAGUGUGAGGGGAGAACAAGGAGUAGCAGCAAGCCUUUCUGGGUGGUUUACUGCCUAAAACAGCUCAGGCUCCAGGUUUUAGUUGAGUAGAGCAGGACAUCUGCCGGCUGAUCUGAAGCUGAAUCCCCAGGUUGGGUGAAUGUCUCUAGUUUGUGGAGGGUUCAAGUGGAGGGGGACUCGCCUGGCACUGCCUCAUCCGUGUCAUGAUUUUGUUGUAGGUGAAAUAUUACAAUGCCGAGAACUAUGAGGCUACCCGCUUCAAUGAUGCCAUUGUCAAGUACCAGGUAUGGAAGGACCAGGGUGUGGCAACUGGGCUUGCAUCUUCCAUUAUCUUUGGGGUACACUCUCUGCUCCUCCUCUUCCCUAUUUCUGCUCCUCCAUGUACAUGGUGUAUGUGUUUGUACUGCUGCCUGUCUUGCAGUGGAGCAGGGGAAGGCAACUGGGUUCAACAACGCCCUGCUUUGUGGAGGUAGGAGGGUUCAGGGAUCUGCUGGGUGCUCUCUGUGGGCCGCAGGAUGGUUCUGCAGUGGCCCACUUUCUUCUCUCCUCCUGGCAGGUCUCCGAAUGGAAAGUCAAUGCAUCACUGGCACUGUUGAACCAGACCCAGAAUCUAGUGAUCGGGGUGGGGCUGCUGGCCGGAUCCCUACUGUGUGCUUACUAUGUGACCAAGAAGAGGCUCCAUGUAAGUCCUUGCCCACUGCAGUGCCAGAGGGGCAUAGAUGGUGUGGGCAUCUCUGAGUACACACAUCUCUGUAUAUUUGUGUGAUUUUUAUCGCAUGUGUGUGCUUUCUAUUUGGUUUUCAAUUGUAUUGCUUUGUAUUGUAACCUGCCGUGGGACAUUAGGGGGUAGGGUGGGUAAUAAAUCUAAUUACUAUUAUGAAUAAUAAUACAUGGAACCUGUAACUAAGAGCCAGGCCACAUGCCACUCUUUCUACGUGGAGGCAACAGCAUGUGGAGCAGCUGACUACAUGGGGCUUCCUUCACUACAGGAAGAGUUUCCAUUCUGUUGCCAGCCAGCCCCACAAAUCUACGAGUGGCUUGGGCCUCCUCUACAAAGUGGGAUCACUCUGCUUCGAGAAAUGUAGAGCCACUCUCCCCAUUGUUACAGCUGCCAGGCAGAGUCUGCUGGCCUUCCUGAGGCAAGGGAAGCCUCUGUAGAGGCCCUGAAUCUCUUUGUAGAGUGUUCUGGUGCAGCUUGAACUAGAGACAGACAAACAGACAGAAAGACAGAAACAAACAAACACAGGGGCACAUGUUUCUCAACACAUUUUGGGGGGAUAUUUGCAGUGUGUUUUUCGGUUCUGUGAAAUGCAACAAAGGCAAGUGAGCAGGAAAGAGGCUGCAAGGAGAGCUGUGGAGGCGGACAAGCUUGCGCCACCUAAGAACCCAAGAGUGGAGGUUGCAGGACGUGGUCUGGUUAAGUUACGGGAAGGGAAGGCUGGGGGGGGGGCAUAAGAGCUUGGCAGUUUCUCAAAAGUCUUUGUGAAGAGCUAAUUAGCCUUUGCUGAAUUUCAAAGUUGUGUGGAGACCGAAGGGUCGCAGCGCUCAACCCAUGCUGAGAAAAAUGGGCAGCCGAGGGUGCAGAAGCUUAAAAUGAAACCAGAUUGGAGAGCUAGACCUCUCUUUGAGAACAAAAGCAAUCACAAGCAAGAGGCAAGGCUGGAAAAGGUUUGUCACCAAUUAAGAGAUCUAAAGGGGAGUGGGGGGGAACCUCACCAAAUGGGAGCUAGUUUCCACCAACAUCAGAAGAAAGAGACCAGCAUGUUUUGGGUUUGUACUCCAGAUGUGAAAACACACAUUCCCACAUGGAGUGCACUCCUAAUGAUGGUGAGAGAACAAGGAUGUAUAUUCUGUAUAUUAAAGUGGGGAGGAGGUAAUGGAAGGGAUGCAGUAUUAACACAUAAGAUGAGGAAGCCCUUUCACUCCUAGAUCUAAGGCAAGUUGAAUAUGAAUGACAGGAAAACAGAGCUUGGUUAAGUAUAAAAGAAAUCAAUUUGAAUAAUAGACUUUGCCUUGGCCACAGUGCUGGGCUUUAGCCUGCAAUCUGGCCUGUUUGCCCACUGUAUUUGUGGUUUCAUGAAGUCCUGCAGAUGCAGUACUCUGUCAGGUGCACGUUGGCUCUGAAAACAAGGUUUAGGUCUGAAUUGCACAGAGGUUCCACAAACAGCCAGCUCAAACCUGAUCUGUAACUGGCCCCGCCUUGCACGAGCGAGUUGAACACAAUCUCCCUGGCAGCACAACAACAAACAACAAACUAUCUUCUUUAGCCCGUUUGUUCCUAGCUCUCAUGAUUCGUUGGGCCGUGGGAGGAAUGUGUGUGUCUGAGUUUGUAGUAGGCUUAUAAACCAAAGAGGGGCUUAAUGGGGCUUUCGUUGGUCAGGGAGCAAGAAUUUAUGUGCUGCACAAGUCUUUGACCUUUAUCAGCCUUUAUCAUUCUGCUUCACCAGAAUCACCCAACAACCAGCUCCCUCUCGGAUGCAUGUAGAGUUACGGCUGACUGGGCUCUAAUGGUGGGCUGUUGGACUUGAGAAGUGUAGUGCAAAUCUAUCGCUAUACUCUCUCUCAGAAACAUACCUUAUGUCUGAGAGGGAAAAUUGGGCACUGGAGGAGAGAGAUUGUGGGGGGUGAAGGUCCAGCUUUGUGUUACAAUAAGACAGCUACCAUUUUGCUUUCCCUAGUAAGGGGUGAGGGAUCUCUAAUGCAGUUUUGUACAAAGACUUGAAGAGCUGCUGGACUGUUAAAAACAAUAUGAUAAAGCGCUUCCACACUCUGCCACAGGGAGACAUCAUCAUUUUGGCUCUGACUUGCAUCUCUGUUCCCUCCAGGUGGGCGAUUAUGUUCUCUUUGGCACAUACAUCAUCCAACUGUACACCCCACUGAACUGGUUUGGCACCUAUUACAGGUAACCUACUCCAUAGGCUAUUUUGUUCUGUAGUGUUGGUUAGGCAUUUUGAGAAUGCAGAGAGGCGUGUGUUGAUGAAAUUUGAGGGACUUUGUCCACACACAGAGAGAUUGCAAAAUUGGAGAGUGUUACAUGAAAGCCUCUCCAGUGCCGCGUCUCCAUGCUGCUACCUCCCAGACUGCGGUUUGCCUAACAGUAAAGUGCCACCACAUAGAGGGCUACAAAAUCUGUGUCUGAAGGAAACCAUAAUCCAUAGAGAAAACCACUUGUCAAUUUAUUGUUGUACAGAGGCUGACGAGGUAAUGUGAAGCAAACAGAUAUGGAGACAAGAUGUGAGAAGCCUUAACCAGAAGGAAAAAGGAGCACGUAGACUGGUUUCUGGAAUUGAGAUUUUACUUUAAACAGCAGAUUAAAUCAACCAGGCCUGCUAUCCCAUAAGACAGAAAACUCCCAGGGAAUGUAUUAACUCUUUACAGAUGCAUGAAAUGCAGGGCAGAGCCCUGUUUGAGUUAGGGCAUCAUAGGCAGAGAACAAGCAAAUGUCCAUUGCCCCUUCAUAUUUUGCUUGAAAACUGUAAGGAGGAUUUCUGAGUAUGGUGAGAGCAAUGAGCCCCCUCCCCUUUUUUAAAGUGGGACAGAUAUAUUUCUGAAUAGAAACUGAAUACCAGAAGAGAAGGGCUAUGUAAGAUGAAAUUUAUACGGUAUGGCUGUUUGCACAUUACAGUAAAAUGGUUCACUGUAAAUGCACCUAAGAGGACUCCUUUGCUCCUCCUGGCUUGAUUCUUGGCUUACAUUUUGAACAAAUAAGGGAUUGCGGUUCAUUUUGCUCCACAGUCAGUAAGCCAAGAAGAAACUUUGGCUACUGAUCGUGGGAAUGAAACAAAUAAUCGUCCCUGGUUUGUUCAUAAUGGUAAGCCAAGGAUUAUGGGGUUUUUUGGAGAAGAAAAAUCUGGUGCAGUUUUGCUUGUGCACAGAAAGUCUCACUGUGAUAUGCAAAUGUGCCCUGUAUCCAGCAUGUAUUAAAUAUAUUAAAAUCAUCAUCAUCAUCAUCUGACUGGGUUUCCCCAGCCACUCUGAGCAGCUUCCACCAUAAAUAAAAACAUAGUAAACCAUUAAACCAUAAAAAGCUUCCCUAUCAGAGCUGCCUUCAGAUGUUUCCUAAAUGGUAUAUAAUUGCUCAUCUCCUUAACAUCUGAUGGGAUGCGUUCCACAGAGUGGGCGCCACUACCAAGAAGGCCCUCUGCCUAUGCCAAGUGCAAGAUAAUGAAUAGAAUAUUAAAUUCAAUACGAAACUGAUUUCUCAAAAGCUAAGUCAGUAAUGAGCCACAUUUCCCUCAUACCACUAUAUUGAGCCAAACGCAAAUGUUUCUCUCAUUGGUGCAAAGGUGAUCCCUUUUGCAUCAUCUCUUUACAGCCCUAGCAACAAAGAUAGAACACCAUAAAGACUAACACAGUCCUAGGAAGUUGAAAUAAGACUUGAAAUUGAGGCCUGCGUUUAGUAACUGUGUCAUGAGACGUUCCCCCACCUCCAAAGAGUUUGGGUUGCCCCUUAGCCUCCCCGUCCUCUGAAGUAUGAGAGAUGGUUACAAAGGAGGUGUGAUAUCAUUUAGUGUGAACAUGUGUUAAAGGUUUGGGAACAUUUGCUGGUGGGGGAGGUGUGACAGAUGGAGUUUGCUUUCAUGCUUGUGGUCUAAUUGAUUGCCAUAUUUGGAGUGCAAAUACAUGGCUUCCCCGGUCCCUUCUUUUUCCUUACCAGAGAAGAGAAUUAGACCCACACCCACUUCAGUGACACCUAGCAGGGGGUGCCCAAAGGGCCCAGCCUCAAGUCUUUUGUCCCAAGCACCCCAGAUCUCAUCCUUAUCAGUUUAUUUGUAUGCUUCUUUCACACAAAACCUGCGCCUAAAGUAGCUCAGAACAUUAUCAAAUGAACAGUAACGAUAACAUUUCAAAAUGCAUUAGGAUAGAUAGAUAGAUAGAUAGAUAGAUAGAUAGAUGACAGAAAAAAUAUUAUAUCAGUAAGUACAAAACCUCAAUCCAUAUGUAACAUUGUAUAAAAACGAUACAUUAACCUAACCUAAUUUAAUAAUGUGAGCUGAGCAACACUGAAUAAAACAAUAUGAAUAAACUAACACAAUAAAAUAAUAAACUAAACAAAAGUGAGAUCUUCAAAAACUUUGCUUACAGCACCACAGCUGGGGGCACUUACAAAGUGCAGUCCUGGUGAAAUGCCCGGUCAUUUAAAUUUGCUCAGAGGCAGCUUAAAUACAUAUACAUUAGCACAGGGGUCAGCAAACUUUUUCAGCAGGGGGCCGGUCCCCUGUCCCUCAGACCUUGUGGGGGGCCAGACUAUAUUUGAAUGAAUUCCUAUGCCCCACAAAUAACCCAGAGAUGCAUUUUAAAUAAAAAGGCAUAUUCUACUCAUGUAAAAACAUGCUGAUUCCCGGACUGUCCGUGGGCCGGAUUGAGAAGGCAGUUGGGCCGGAUCCGACCCCCAGGCCUUAGUUUGCCUACCCAUGCAUUAGCAUAUGCAAAUAUGAUUCACAUUUGUGCCACGCACCCAUGCCUGAGUGCUUUUUAGUACCUUAAGCAGCACCCACACUACCUGGCCCUGGGUGGUCCAAUGGAGUCUUCUUCUUUUUCAGAAUGAUCCAAAGCUCAUUUGUUGACAUGGAGAACAUGUUUGAGCUCUUCAGCGAGGAGCAAGAAGUGAGUUCAGGCCACAUCGAUGCUUCUGUGAAUAGCUGCUAGCCUAUGCUGUCUUAGAUACUUCUUCCCUUCCCUCCAGCAACUUAAGGGGUUUUUUUGGAAGUGGCUUCUCUCUGAUUGUUCACUGUCUGGACUGGGUGAUAAGACAGAAAUGAGAAUAGUGAUGCUGAAUCCUUGUUGUGCUCAAGCACCGAAAUUCAAAGGCCACUGUGUGCUUGGAAAACAAAAGGCAAUUGCUCUUCACACAGCUUGCAAUUACACUACGGGGCUCAUGCCUUCAGAGUGUUGCUGAGAUGGCCAUGUCCUCUCAGGGAGUGUGUUUCUCUGACUGCUUGUAAUAUUUGCGGGGAGGGGGAUUUUUAGCAUAACCUUCAUGCAAACCACAUCCUCUACCCACUGACCCUACACUCCCCCUAACCCUUUCAGGAGCUCCUGUGCUUCCGCACACACGGCUUGCCUAGUUAGGCCCAAGACCAUGCAUGAUGUCACAGAUUUGUUUACCUGCAGGUGAAGGACGAACCAGGUGCUGCAGACCUUCGGUUUCUGGCAGGACGUGUGGAAUUUGAAAAUGUCCACUUUGGCUAUGUGGAAGGGUAAGGGGGAAGGUCCAGAGAGCUGGGUGGGUGGGUAGUGAGUCAGGAAAACAGGGGGUGGAGAAGAUAGUAAAGAGAUUGUGGUAGGUAACGGGGGGGGGGGGAUGCUCAAAGGAUGAAGGAAAAUGUGGUGGGCCUCAGCGGAAUGUUGGAGAUGCUUUUUGUUCACUUUCCUCACAGGAGGGAAGUCCUGCGUGAUGUUUCCUUCACAGUGAUGCCUGGGCAGACCCUUGCACUGGUAAGGAGAGAGUUUUGCCUAGAAUGAACGCCGUUCCCUCUUUUGAUUCUGCUACAAUGGGAGCAGUGGCAGGUCCCAUGUGCUUUUCCCUGCUUACUCAUUCCUCCUGCUGGCUGUACCCAUAUUGACCCUUCCUCACCCCCCUCUCUCCGCCCAGGUGGGACCCUCUGGCUCAGGAAAGAGCACCAUCAUUCGCCUACUCUUCCGCUUCUACGAUGUGUGGGGAGGCUGCAUCCGAAUUGAUGGGCAGGAUAUCUCCAAGGUAACGAGGCCAUUAUGUUGUGGCGAUAGGAGAGAUGGGAUUCACCUAACCCGCCCCCUCAGUGGAAGAUCUGCACAAAGACUUCUUUCCCUCUCCUCGCCCCCACCCCACCCUGCCCCCUGGAAUUAGCUUUGGAGGGUGGUCAGAAGCACCCCCAGUACAGUGGGGAGGGGGGAAAGGGGGAGAAUAGUUCCAUCUGACAAGUAGCAAUGCUUGCACAGGUGAAAUGAAUGGAAGAGCACAAUGUUGAAAUCCUCCCGACGGCUUCAUUAGUGAGGUACCAGAGUCUUCCAGCAUGGAAUGGAGACAAGGCUCUUGGCAUGACGAGUGGGAGGAAGGAGGUGUCAUCCAAAGGAACAAGCAGCUGGCAUCCUUGGAAUCAUGUUAUUCUGCUUAAAACAAGGAAGGGGAACCUCAGUCCUGGGGGGGCCAAUUCUGGCCCUGUGCACUUCUCUGUUUGUCCCUCAGAAGUCUCCCCAGGCAACAACCCUUCUCCUCAGGCCAUAUCCAUCACUGUCUUUCACUUUGCACCCUCCAUGAGUGUUUUUGCCUGACUGGAAUAUGUCCUUCAAAGGCUGAGAAGAUAUUUCUUGGUUGCCUGAAUGGACGACACAGAGGGGAGUGUGGGAGUGUGUGGAGAAACUAGAGUAUGGUGGAAAGAUAACAUUUAAAUGUGUUGCUCAGCCCACUUGCAUCUCUGGCCCAAAUUGCCAUUUGGCUCCAAGCUUAAAAGGUUCCCCCACAUUGGCCUAAAGGGCUAAAGUAGCCCUUGAAUGGCUCUGCCACCUUCCACUUGCGUACACACACUCACUCACUCAGGCGCAUACAUUUCUCCUUCUGCUCCUCAGGACUUUUCCUGCCCCAGCCCAGAUGCUUAAUUCCUGGUUUCUGUUGGUUGCCCCCAGCAAAGCAGAGACGUGUGAUUCCAUUUAGGGACGGAUGAAAGAGCUGUGCUGGGGAAGGCACAGCUGCAAACUGCCUCCACCUCUCCUCUGGCCACCCAGGCUCACUGGGGGAACUGCUACAGGAUAUCUGGGGAGAGUCCUAGGUGCCCCAUCUGGGUGCCAGGAUUUCAUGAGGGUCUGAGGUUGGCGGAGGGGGGGGAGAGGAUUGAAGGGCAGCUGCUCUUUUCAUGUCUGCUCCAGCUGCUUGCUGUCUGCUCUUUUGAAAUGUGUGGUUCCCCUAGCCUCCCCCACUAGGGUUUUUAAUUUUUUAAAAAAACCUAUCCUGCAGGGUUCUUAUUUUCACUGGUCAUCGGAGCAAAAUAUCUCUAGGAAACAAUGGAUGCUGAUAUGCAGGGUAGAUGGCACGGGAAACAAGCAUGUAAGAGUGUGGAGGGAAGCUUGAAAGAUGCAUCCCUUCCCAUGUUGUGUGUGUGCACACACUUCUUUUCUCCCUCUGAUCAAACCAUUCUCCCCCCCACAAACCUCCACCUAUUUUCCCAAAAAUAGCAAAACAUGUUUACCAAAAGCAACAGAAGAGCAGGUGUCCACAUCACAAGUGGUGAUUUGCUCAUUCAAAGUGCCUUCAGCUCUUUGGAUUAAAAAAACGACUGUGUGACUCUCAUUUGCCAUCAUCUGCCUUUCUCCACAUCUCCUAUAGUGAGGAAAGCCCCUGACAUGGAGCUCUGUAGGGUAUAGAUGAUGCUCAUCUCAACAGAGAUUAAUAACAGAAUGUGUCUUGCACUGAAAGGGUUACAAUUCUAAUGUCCAGAGAAUGGCCAGGCUGCCCAAAUAAUAAUCCUUCUCUAAGUUCUACCCUGGGAUUUGUGUUACUGGGCCCUCUAGACUGGUGACUCAUUUUGCGGGUGUAUUCUGCAGCGUGUUGCUAUAGCGUAUUGGCAAGAGAUUUACCCUGGACUGUACACAUACCAUUUAUUCGUCGUUCUGCAAUGCUUCCCCCGUUGCCUUCAGGACGGGCAAUUCUUGCGCUAAGGCGCAACGAAAGCAGGACAAAGGACAACAACCCAGAACAUGAAGAAUUUGAAAAGUUACAUGAUUUCAGCAGGAAACUACAGGGCAUGCACCAAUGGGAACUGAAGCCCUGAAACGUUUGCAGGUGUUAUGGAGAGCAAGAUCAUGUAUGAGCAGUGGCAGAGCUUCAUGCUCCGGCACCGGGGGGGGGGGAGGCGGAGAGCAGGUGGGGGCGGGGCUGGUGCGCAUCCCGGGGAUGUGGCGCACUGCCCACAGGGGCAUGGUGCACGUCCCGGGGGCGUGGCAGCUGCCUGCGGGGGUGUGGCACCCAGCAGGGGCGGGGGGGGAGCAGCCAAGAUGGCACCCCACCAAGAUCACGCUGUCGGGGGCGGUGCGCUCCCCCCACACUCCUCUUCCUCCGCCAGUGUGUAUGAGCAGAAGUCAUCUCAUCAAGAAUGGACCAUAAAAGAGGGCAUUGGGUUGGGUGGUGGCUGCUGUCUAACCUGGGAAAUUGCCCCCACUUCAAGGUGUGACAUCAUGGUUGUUCAUAGUGACAAGACCCACCUUGCAGAUGCCUCAAGCCAGACUCUCCAUAAGGCUGUGAUAACACCACACUGCUUUGGGGAGGGUGUGUGCGUUUGUACACUAUUCCUAGCUGGGCGAUGUCUUCCUUUCCCUUCUCUCUGCCCCCACUUCAACCCACCCAUUUCCCUUUCUCCACAGGCCAAGCAGGCUUCGCUGCGCUCCCACAUUGGUGUGGUGCCUCAGGACACUGUCCUCUUCAACGAUACCAUUCGCAACAACAUCCGCUACGGACGCAUUGAUGCCACCAAUGAGGAGGUGAUUGAGGCGGCGAUCGCGGCUAAUAUCCAUGAACGCAUCCUCACUUUCCCCGAUGGUAAGGGGCUGCUUGCCACCUUUGGCUUAUGCUUGCUGUGCCAUCAAGCUCGUAAUUUACCCUGCAGGAUGCUGUGAAACCCAGGAUGCUUCUAUCGGGAUGCCUCCUCUUCUGCUGCAGCUCACUGGUGGAGCACAUGCCUUGCAUGCGAAAGGCCCCGUGUUUCAUCACUUGGCCUCUCCAGGCCGGGCUGAGACAGAGAGGCUCCUACCUGAGACCCAGGAGAGCAGCAGCCAGUGAGUGCCUUCUCUCACUUGGCCAAUGGCCAGGGAGGGCAAGAGGCACCAGACUGGGGAAGGCAGGUAUGGGCAGUGCUGAGCUAGAGGGCUUCCUCAUUCGGCAACUUCCUGUGUUCUUAUCUGAACCGAAAGGACCUGCCCCUGGCUCUUACCCUCUCCCUCUCGGGGUCUUCCUUACAGACUCUGGUCAUCUCAAUGGGUCGAAUUCAGUGGGAUACGUGCACAGGGAAUGUGCACUUUUCCUUCUCCCCCAGCCACAUACACUCCUGGUCCUUCACACACACACUGAACCCAUCACAAGGUUUACCCCCACUCUCCAGAGCAGACUUUGGGGGCAGACAGCAUGAGGAGAGGGGAGGAAGUUCUGUUGUGUGAGUGGACGUCAUCCAACACACACAACUUAGUGGAAUCCUAUUCAAUGUUUUCUAAAAGCUUUUUUAGCUCUUCAGUUAACAUGAGCAAGGUCUGUGGCAGUCCAGACUCCCACCCCAGAAACCUCUAAGAGCAGUUGAUAGAAGCACCUUUGGGCAAUGAGAGCAAUCAGGAUUGGCUUCUGAAACUAGAUAUUUGCUAAAAGUGUCUUUAUCAAAUCUGUCUUGGCAGUAGACCUGGGAGGUGUAGCAAGAUGCUGUAAGUGGCCAAAAGAUCCAAGGCACUCACAGUGCCUGAACAGCAGAAGUCACAGGUAGUUACUCUCUAUUACACAGCAUUUGAUUUUGCUUUGUCCACUUGUACCUGGCAGGUUAUGAUACACAGGUUGGCGAGCGAGGUCUGAAGCUGAGUGGAGGGGAGAAGCAACGAGUCGCUAUUGCCCGCACCAUCUUGAAGAACCCUCAGAUCCUCUUCUUUGAUGAGGUGAAGAAGGCAAAUAAUCAAACACACAGAGCAAUCUCGGUUUUCCGAUUGCUGGUCCUUACAUUGUCAAAACUCUAUCACCCACACAAAAGAGGGGGGAGGACUUGGCAUGCUCAGGAGAACCACCGAAGUUUGCAUUAAUACGGAAAUCAUUUAGGAAUAAGCAAACAAAAUCUGAAGGGGAGAGAGCAUGCCAGAAAUAACUGAAUUCAGGACUGAGCCUGCAAAGUCAGCACAGAAUGCUGGCUGACUAUUGGCGAAUUGGAAAAAUGGGGUGGGGGUGGGGAAGGGAACUGGAAUGAAGUGACGGGAGCCUUGGUCAGAGCCUUCCCAGUACAAUGUUUCUUCCAUCUAUUUCUGAAAUUCAUGCAUGUGUGGCUCUCCUUAUGUAGCCAGAACUAUGCCACCCGUGCACAGGAGGGGAGGUAUCAGCUUGCCUGGAGGAGACCAAGUAGGCCUGUCGGGAUAACCAUAAGGGAACAAAAACAAAGCACCCCAAAACAUGCUCAGUGGCAAUAAAUGCUGGCUGACUGUUUGGGUGAGGAGGGAUGGACUGAACUAUCCAUUUCAUGCUGCAACAUUUUGUUGUGGGUCACACUUGUUUCCUUGUUCCUAAAGCUAGCCUUCAUCUGCCCUUUGCCCCCUUCCGCAUAUGCUCUCCUUUCUUGGAGCUGAAACCCUGGAAAUGGUUGGGAGAAUGGGUAGCACUCAGCCUUCCUGAAUCUGGGAGCCUCCAUUCACCGCCACGAUGCUAUUCAGCUACUUGGAGACCUUCUUUACCAUUUCACCUGACCCAAGGGAUCUUCUCUGCCAUUCUUGGCAAUCAGUGUCAAGAGUCCCCGACCUUCAUCCACCCACUGCUAUGCCUUGAGUUUGCAACUGAUGUUCUGGUACAUUUUGAACCUGUUUCAUAAUUGCAGCGGUUUUAGAACUGUAUAAUUCUAUUGUUGUAAUGCACUCUGGGAUCACUUUCAGGCGACAUCAGCACUGGACACCAAGACUGAGAGGAAUAUCCAGGCAUCCCUGGCUAAAGUGUGUGCGAACCGCACCACCAUCAUCGUGGCUCACAGGUAUGGGCAAGCAUCCUGCCACAGGAGCUUUCUGUUCAGGGCUUCAGCAUAAUAGCAGCUAGAGGGAUGCUGCAGCCUUCGGAAGAGGAGAGCCUAAAUACUAGUUCCUCACUUGCAUCGAUUUCUCCAGGCAGACUCCUUUUCCCUCUCUGAGGAGCUCUAACGUGGUGUGUUAUACUGAGAGUCCUGAGCUGGGGAGGGAUCACUACUGCAUUCUGCCCUCUUGAUAACAGCUUUGGUGGUUGUGCUCUCUCUGCAGGCUUUCCACGGUGAUCAAGGCCGAUCAAAUCCUAGUUAUCAAGGAUGGCCGAGUGAUGGAGCGAGGAAGGUAAGCUCUUAGCCAUGCCCAGUGCUAAAAAUUAUAAAGUAAGAUUUAUAACCAGCAAUCCAGCCAAGGAUUUUUUAUUUUUAUUUUUGCAAUCUGUAUAAGUUAUGCAGAUCGCAAGCCCUUUAAGGCCGUCAGAAUUUUACAAGCAGAAUGGCCACAGGGUUUGGCUGUGUAUCUUCAAAAGGAUCCACAAUGAAGGCGAGCAAAUUGUGGGUCUGUGGAUGCUUCUGAGGGACGAAGGGGGCGUACCUGGCAUGGAGCCUUGUGAAAUUAACUCUCUCUGCCCCUUUAACAGGCACGACCAGCUAGUGGACAAAGGUGGCAUCUACUCUGACAUGUGGCUGCAACAAGGAAGUGACACGGAGGUGGAGAGCAAGAUCAGUGCUGAGUCAACUGCAGAAAGCAAGGCCAGUGCUUCGACCAAAGCAGGAAGCGAGGAAGGCUCUGCCUAUGCAACCAGUGAAAAGACAGAGGAGAGGGAGCAGGAGGGGGAGACAGAGGAGGGGGAGGGGGAGACAGAGGAGGGAGAGGGGGAGGAAGAGGAGGGAGAGGGGGAGGAAGAAGAGGCAAGCACAGAAUCAUAGCCAAGCAACGAGAACUACUGAGCAGCUGACAGUGACAACAGCAAAUCCUGCAAGGAUGUGGCUUCGAAGCCAAAAAGGCAGCAGCUGCCACCUCUGCUGUUAGAUUUCUGAACCUCCUCUGUAUGGCAUAAAGGGGGAAAUGCUCAGGCACCCAAAGCACACAGAUGAUCCACCAAGUUAGCAGUGAGGCCAUGGAGACCAAACUGGAGGAAGACUACAGGCUGCGUAUGGUUCCCAGCAUGCAGUUCUUCAUGAGCAGGACCUGCACGUAGUGCUAGAGCAACUUCAGAGUAUAUUCUCCAAGCUACUGCCAGCGUUCCUGGGAAAGCUGUUGCUUGGUGAUCCAGGUGUAUUAUCAGGGAAUUGCGAAAGGGGUGGGGGGUGGGGGGAGGCAGGGACCAGGGCUGCCUUGCCCCACUGUUCUCCCCAACAAAAUGUCUUCCCUUGCAAAGAUGAAUGGAGUGUGGAGGUGGGGGGCAUGCGUGAACAUUUGCCAGCACUUUGUAUACAACCACAGAGGGAGAUGCCUGCAGAAUGGCUGUGUGUGUGUUUUUGUAAGUUCUGAUUUUGAGGUGUCCCGUUUUAAUUUUCAUAAACUCGAAAAAGUGUUUUCAGAUCCCUGGAUCCCGUUUCUAGUUUUGCCUGCGGGGGAGAAAGAUUCGAAAAGGGUUAGGGUAAUGAACCCCAUGCCCCCCCUCCAGAUGUUGGCAGACUACAACUCCCAUCAUCCUUAUUGGGCCAUGCUGGGAGCUUGGAGUCAUGCUGACAACAACAGGAUCCCUAUCUCAAAGGAGUUUUGGCUGGCAGGCAGAUGGGAUGGAGACCCUUCUCACUUCUGCACAACGGAGAGCACAGAGAGAAAGUGCUUCUCAAAUGGGUCUGGUUUACUUGGAUCCCUUGACUACAAGGACAUGGAAAAACAAGAGGGGACCUGGAGUCACGGAGACAGGGUAGAAAGGAGGAGCAGGGCACAGAAAAACAAUAAGAAACGCCUCUCUAUCUCCUACCCAGCCCAGGUAGCUGCUUUUCUGUUUGGUGGCUCUAUGGAGGCCGCUUUCAGAAGGACCUAAAGGGUUCCUACUGUAAAGCUAUUCAGCUCCAGGCAGUCUUGGGUUGCGUGGGCAAGCGAUGGUGGCCCUGGCCAAGACUCUGGGAAUUCUGCCCCUAGAUCUUUAGAUAGAACUAUCCAUGGACCUAGCGCUGGAGAGAGUAACAGACACAGAGGGGGAAAGGAGCCAAUCCCUAGUUCUGAUCAGUUUCAGCUUUAUCUUUGCAGCGUCAGACAUGAGUUUGUUGCCUUACUGCUUCUAACUCCAAGAAGGCACCACAACAAGUUAAAACAGCAACUGAAGGAGGAAGCCAAGAACAGUGGCCCUUUUAUUCAAGGGGCUGGUUGUUUUACAGCACAUUCCCCAUUCCCACAAUCUUUCUCAGCAAAGGGUGCUUUAGAGUUCUUCAACUUCAGCUCCCAAGUGAAAAAGGGGGCGGGGGAGGAAACUGCCAUAUUUGGGGGGGGGGGGUGUUUGUGCAGCACAGUGUCUGCAUUAGGGCAGCUGCUGUUCCCCACUUGCUCUUCCCAUACUUCUGUGGUGCUCUGACUUGCUAGUCUAGCAAUGAUUGUCACCCUACUGCUUCCGUCCGCAUGCUUGGCCAUAUCUGAAGAUGCCAGAGUAGGCUUGGCUAUAUAUAUAUUUAUACGUGUGUGUGUGUGUUUGUGUGUACCUGGCUUCUUUUAGCUCUGGCUGCCGGAAGCGGCUUUAGAGGGUCCUGUGUGGCAGUUUGCACAGCAACAAUCCUGUCCGUUAGGUAUCGCUAACGCCACCCAUGUCCUCCGAAGCCAAGAAGAACCUCAUGGGGGUGGGGGAAGGGUCAGUUGAGGAAAGUCCCAAGGUAGCACCCCGCUGAGGCUCAGUCGUCGUCCUGUUGCAGCUGCUGGUGCCUGCUCUGGUACCACAACAUGGUGGGAAGGUUCUGGCAGCCUUGGUAGCGGCGCUGGCGCUCCUCUUCCCCCAGGGGUGGCACAGAGUGGCAGGGCGCCCCUGCUAAUGAGACGUUGAGCAGCUGGGCUGGGGUACCUGAGCCAAAGACUGCAGACCAUGGACCCACCUGCCAGGAACGAGAGAGAUUGCUUCACUUAAGGUUGCCCUGGGCCACAACUCAAUCCAUCGUCAGCAUCAAUGCUUAUAUAGCACUUCCAACGCAUCAGUGUUUCAGGUACAUUAUCUCAGUAUCUUACACAAUUGGCCUGUAAGGAUGGCCAGUAAAGCAAACUGAAUUAAGCCUGCCUGGCUGGCUUCCACAAGCUCUAAAAAAUGGUAAGUUUCAGUGACUUCCUUUAGUUUGUUGCAUCCAUUAAUGUACCUUGAAUAUACACACCUUUUUUCCUUUUAAUGGCAAUGGUCUGUUUUUGAGCAGUAAAACUAAUUGGGAUGUAACAAAACACAUGGUUUUCUUUCCAAAGGUGCCAUAUUGCACAUCAAAAGACUCCUUUAGUGCAAGCUACCUUCCACAAACUUCAGAUGUCAUUCUCUAAUUGUCAUCACAGAUGGCCUGUGUGUCAGUCACAUGAGCAAAGGUUGGCUCUGGCCAUUUGCCAAGUUCUAGUUUCCAGCAUUGCUGCCUCUACACCUAAGCAUUUAUUUCUCAGUCUGCCGUGCUGCCCAGCUGAUUCCCAACUCUUUCCCUACACACAGAGGAGAAACCAAACUGGUUGCAAGAUGGUGCAUAAGAUGACUUGGCCUUACCAGGAGCUGUGAUCUGCCCUGAACUUGCUGCACAGCUCAGGCCAGUUUUCAUCUAUGUUAAUUGGCUAAGCACCAAUGUCCCUACUCCCCGCUCCCCUCCCCUGGAACUGGGAGUAGAGCCCAGGGAGUGUUGCCACCCAGUUAGUGAUUCUGCCACUAGAAGUAGCCACUUUGAACUGGAGAGACACCUGUUGCUAAUGCCACCUGCCAAAAAGCAAUUUGAGGACAGGGGCUUCCUAGUCACUAUUUUGAGCCCCCUGGUAUUUAUGUCCAGAACAAACAAAUGCAUCCUUGCCAUCUCUUGAGGGACCAUAAAUUGGUGGCAGAGCAUAUGCAUGCAGAAGGUACCAGGUUCGAAACCCAGUGUCCCCAGUUAAAAGGACCUGACAGCAGGCAACAUGAAACCUGAGAGCCACUGCCAGAGUAGACAACAUUGGACAAUUAGCCUGACUCCUUAUGUUCCUAUGCUCUGCAAACACCACACCUUGGACUCCGAACAAUCACUGCCCACCUUCCUUCCAUGGCACUUACCGGCAACAAAUGCUGGAGGAGGCACUGGUCAGGCUGCAGUCCGGCCCAGAACUCGGCAAAAGCCGACCCACCGCUGGCGGUAGUGGUGGCAGUGGUGGUGGUGGUGCUACGUAUGAGCACCAUGUUGGGAUGGCGCCGUGAUGCCCGCAGCUUCUUUGUCAGUGGCCCCGGAUAGCUCUGGUCAAGGAAGAGGAGAACCCGGCGAGCGUUGCAGCUCUCCAAGUCUGCUAGCAGCUCCGAGAUGGGGUACCGCUCCUUAGGAUCUGCCUGUUGCAGGGAAGGGACAGCUCAUCAGCACCUGCCCCUUGGUCACAGACACACACGCACACCCCUCCCCGCUCCACAGUUGGGAGAUCAAGGGGAUUCCACUGCCUGGGAGUUAAAAGGAGCGGAUUAAAUGGGAAAGAGCAAGACAGGGCGAGCACCCACUGCAAAGGCCGGUGUUGUUUUCUCCCUGCAGGCACACAUGAAAGAGCUGGACGGCCCUUUGAAGGGAACAGAGGAGAGGAGAGGGCUGCAGCCUCCACCUGCAGUUCUGUCAGCAUCUCUCCUUCCUCCAGUCGGGCUUCCCAGGACAUGCUGGGACAGGUGGGAUGACCUCCUCCUCCUCCACCAGCCCACUGCCAAAAGUGGCUCACUUCACUUUCCAUUUCCAGCCUAGGAAACCCCAAAGGAAACCUGGCAAAUGGCCAAAUGCAGGCCUUUGAGAAGGGCUGGUGCCGCUUUGUAUGUGUGCACAAGCAUCUUAGGCAGCCGCCCCGCAUUUUCCUGCCCCAGUUGGGUUUACUUGGCACCCCGACUUCACUGCUCCCUGCCAGCAAUUGAUCAUGGCUUACCCCCAUGUGAUAAAUGCAUGAGUGAAAGUCUCCUUUAUACCGUUAGCGUCCCCAUUCCCUGCUUGGCUAGGCAGGUGACAUUAGCAUCAAUAGCCAAGGUCCUUUUUUGGAUGUAUCAUGAUGAAGUAGGAGUCAUUCAUUCAACAAGAUGCAUAUACCGCUUGACUGUUGUAAAACCUCCAAGCGGUUUUACUUGUAAGUUAACCUGCUGCUGCUGCUGCUUGCUUCAUUCUGCACCAACCUGUAGCUUUUCCCAACAAGCAACAUUCAUCAGUGCUUGGCUGAACACUGGGCAGGAGGCCUGUGGCUGUGGCUAUUGUCACAGAUUCAAAAUUCUAACUUUAAAAGUGAGGAGCAAUGAAGAACACCAUGACAGGUUUCCUAUUGGAUUUCUAUGGGUCAGCGUACGGCUGUCUCAAUUCACCUGGAGACAAUUCUUGGGCAGAGCCACAGACUCCUUGACAAAAUAAUAUAUUUAAUAGCAUUGCUCAUGGGGACUAAUUUAGACCAUUUCCUCGAUGUAUUUCUCCCUCUGAUCUCUCUCUUCCUCUGCCUAACUUACCUGGUGGGUUACUCCCCCCAAUAAAUUGGCAAGAGAUAUACCCCAAGAGAUGAUAUCUCUGCUGUGAAAUAAGCAGCACCACUUUGUAACUUGUGCGGUACUGUAUUUCUUGUGCCCCCACACGUUAAUUCACAUAUAGAGGUUGUGCACCAGAGGAGGGCUGGGAGGGAGAGAGGGAAGAGGCACAUACCCUUCUCUCCUCCUACAGUGAUGUUAUACCUAUAUCCAUCAUGCCACCCCACCAUCCUUUGAUAAUACACACCCCAUCCAUCCUUAAGCUCUGGAGGGUUUUGUCUGCACAUGCAAAAUUCCGCUAGAAGAGGGUUGAUAUCAAUAGUGGGGACAGAGGAUGGGAUAAAACCUUCCUCCUAUCAUAGCUAAGGCCAAAGGGCUAAAAAAAACUGGACCAUUCCCAUCAUACCUGAACAAUGAUGAUAGAUCAGCUUGGUUUGGCAAUUUUUAAAAAUAUCCUCAAAAAAAGAAAACAGCAGCAGGUUCAUUUUGUCUCCUAUACCCUUUUGAAACGUGGCUCUUUUGGGGGAGGUGUUAUUAGGUUAUUGUACUUAUUUUGAUUUUAUAUAUUGUGAUCUUUUCUGUUAACCGCCCUGAGACCUCUGGGUAUAGGGUGGUAUAUAAAUUCACUCAAUCAAUCAAUACAG